AUUUCUGCCAGUCGAAGGUCGAUUCACUUGCGGUCUGGACCAUACUUAACAGUUGUAAACAUCCACCCCGGGUCGGAUUUUGCAAUGCUCCUGAUCUGUGUGCUGUUGUUCGUGCUAUUUAUCGGUGAACGUGUCAGUUUCGACUACAAAGGUGUGACUUUGUACUCGUGCAAAAACGACAAGGAGUGUGGCAAACCCCUGUCGAAAGACUCACGUCAUUUUCUAGUGCCACCGGACACAGUGCUCAUCGAAAAAAGUACCUUCGACGGUUACCCCGAUUUGAUAGACGUCCUGGUCACACCCGGCCAGCUGAUCGCCCUCGAACCCGGCUCAUUCUCCGACCUGACGAAGCUCACGAGGGUGUUCAUGGGUGGCUGCAAGCUCUCCAUAAUCCCGGACGGCGUGUUCACCAACCUGCCCCUCAGGUACAUAUAUUUGGCCGGUAAUUUGAUACGUGACAUCGGUUCGAACGGGUUCGCCUACAUGAACAACCUGAAGGAGAUCUAUCUGGACAAGAAUGCGCUCACCAGCUUCGAAAGGGAGUGGUUCGCGACCAAGUCGCGGGUCAGCUUUCUGGAAGUCCUCAACGUGCACCACAACAAAAUAGUCACCAUCAAAAGCGGCUCGUUCCAUCACUUCCCCAAUUUGUACACAAUCGACUUCAGCUUCAACGAAAUCGAGUACAUCUCCUCCGACAUUUUCAACGACAACCUGAACCUCAGGACGUUCGACGUGUCGUUCAAUAAACUGACCACCUUAAACCCCAACGUGCUUAAGCCGAUCCGUCGCGUGGAAAAGUUUUUAAUAUCCUUCAACUUCCUGCGCCACUUGGACGUCUCACUCAUGGACAAACAAAAAAUCGACCACAUCAGCCUGCACCCCAACCAGUGGUUGUGCUCCUGCAUGAGACAGCUCGAACGAAAGAUGUACGAAAAGUCCAUCAAAAGCAUGACGUCGGAGUUCACGGUCAAAAGCCAAGACUUCUUUUUCAAGUACCAACUCCCAAUCAAUACCAAUUUGGUGGCCUCGAAUUUGUCGAUUUGUACCGAAAUUUUGGACACGUGUCCUACCAUUGAAUUAACCAAAGACUUUCUGAAGGACAAGCCCUUCCACGACAUCCUUGUAAAAACCUACUCGCAGGUAAACGUGAAGUGCGUGGACUCGUGCACCGGUGGAAGAGUAUGCAGAUCUGAUUACUGCUGGUCGCUUAUCAGCGAAGCCUAUUAUCGCGACAACGACCCUAAUUAUUUUGUGUGGACGUUCUUUACUGUGUGUUUGGGCUGUAGUGUGUGUUUUCAAUAUGAAGGCGUUACGGUGACGUUCUGCAAGGACCAGAACAACAUGAACUGCACGCACAAGACGAAGAACGACAACAAACACUUCUUGGUGCCGGCCGACACGUUGCUGGUGGAGAAAAAGAUGUUCAAAGGUCAUCAGGACGUGUACGAUGUCAUGGUCACUCCCGGCGAACUGAAGGCCAUCGAACCCGGCGCCUUUUCCGACCUGAAGAAGCUGAAGAGGAUCUUCAUCGGCGGUGGUAAGCUGUCGAUCAUCCCGAACGGUGUGUUCACCGGUCUCCCCAUUAAUUACAUAUACAUAGCCGCCAACAAUAUACGGCACAUCGAUUCGGAAGGUUUUGCCUUCAUGAACGGUUUAAAGGAUGUAUAUUUGGACCAGAACUUGCUCACCACCUUCGAAAGGAGCUGGUUCGCCACGAAGUCGCAAGUGAGCUUCUUGGAAGUACUCAAUUUACACCAUAACAGAAUAAGUGCCAUUAAGUCGGGGUCGUUCCAUAAUUUCCCUAACUUGUACUACGUGGAUUUCAGUUUUAACGAAAUCGAAUACAUCGCAGACGACAUCUUCAACGACAAUCUGAAGUUGCGUACCUUCGACUUGUCUUUCAACAAAUUGACCACGUUAAGCCCCCACAUCCUCACACCCAUCCGUACGGUGGUCAUAUUCAUCCUAUCGUUCAAUUUCAUAAGAAAUUUAGACCCAUCGUUAGUAGACACGGCCACAAUCCACCACAUAAGAAUCCACCCCAACCAGUGGCUGUGCUCGUGCAUGAAAGCCUUCGAGCAAAAACUGUUCGAGAAGCACGUUAACAGUAUCCCCACCGAAGAGGUGGCCGCCAAUUUGUCAGUUUGCAUCGAAAAUAGGGGUAAAUGUUCGCACGAAGACAUGGACAAGGACAUCAGGAGGGACAAACUGUUCCACGACAUACUCAAGCAGACUUACACCAAUUUAAACGUGAAAUGUCAAGACGAAUGCCCAGUUGGGAAAAUAUGUAGAUCGAAUUAUUGCUGGUCGCUUAUUGCAGAAGGAUUUUAUCGUGACAAUGAACCUGACUACUUUGGGUGGUCAACAAUGUGACACAUGUAGCCGUUGAUCAAUUUUUAACUACUCAAGUUAUUUUGUACUCAUUUUAACACGUUUUAGUAUUAAAAGAUUUGUAGUAAA